AUGGUUGCCAAGAAGGAUCUACCGCUACUACAGCACAACAGUUAUCCAGUCACGAGUCCUACGGCCUCAUCUGUAUCAUCAUCGUACUCUAGAGUGGCUUCUGAAGAGCUCAUUGUACCUGCUCCAGAUAGUGUGAAUUCAAUCUAUUACGGUGUUGAUGCCUUUUCGCCAACGCUUGUGGAUUUCUACACGGUGGAUCAAAAACGCAUUGUCUGGUCGUCUCGUGCACACCGCAAGAUGAUGACGACGCUUUACCGUGCAUGGCACAAGAAACACUGGAAGGUCUACUCGCUCAGCUUUUGGGCUGGUCUUUGCGCUAUUACAGCCUUUAUGCUCUUUAUUGUAGGUGCUACGGGCGAAGCCGUAGUCCAUGGCGAUAAUGAGUACCCGGUCAAUUUUCAACCGGGUAGCCACGUUCACUCGUACGUGGACCUUCCGCUGCUGUUGGCCGCCGUCUUCUUUCUUGCUUGCCAUGCUAUUACAUACCUGGAAGUCAUUAAUUGCUGUCACAAUCUCGAAAUCUGGUUGGAAGAGUACUUUCAUGGCGCGGAGCCUGUUUUAGAACGUCAAUACGUGGGUUUCUUUCCUAGUCGAAUUGAUUUUUGGACUGCUAUCUUAGGCAUGCUUGGAUCAAUGCUCUAUGUCUUUGCUCGCGCGUACGUAUGGGCAAGAGCAGACUUGGAGAACUUUGGAAUAGUGGACGUCAAACGCAACGACUUGAGUCUCAUUGUGGGCUACUGGGUUCCUUUUUUUGCGGGAUCGUUUUUUUUGCUACUCAGCGCUUACCUCGCACAUGUCGAAGUUGUCCACCAGUGGUUUUCUUGCCGCCUUAAAACGCUCGAAACUUGGGUUACUGGUUUGAACAUGAUGGCUAUGAUCGGGUUCUUCUUGUCGUCGACACUGCAGUUUAUGGACCCAUUCUCGGCAUUGUUUUCAUUCCAGGCGUGCGUGGUACCCUUUGCAUCGGGUUGUUUACUUGGUCUUGGAUCAAGUGUACUCAGCCUCAUGGAGCUAGAAAACAUUCACAAACGCCACAAGCACCCGGAAUAUGGUCUCUACGCAUCUUCGACUGGCUAUGGGACUACAAGUUAUGGUUCGUUCAAGCAGCAAGCAUGA